CUCUGAAAUCACCACCACACCCCUCGAUCUCUUUCAUCUCCCUUAUAACCACACCACCACUCUCUCCCUUUAUUCGCAUCUCUCCCUAUACCCAUCACUGACACACAGAAACACACUCUCUUCUGGAACUUUCUUCUCCUUCUUCUUCGCCAAUGGCCACCGCCACUCUCAGCCCCGCCGAUACCGACAAGCUCUCCAAUCUCAAAUCUGCAGUUGCCGGAUUGAACCAAAUCAGUGAGAAUGAGAAGAACGGCUUCAUCAACCUCGUCUCUCGUUACCUCAGUGGCGAAGCUCAACAUGUUGAGUGGAGCAAGAUCCAGACGCCUACGGAUGAAGUCGUUGUGCCUUAUGACAGUCUAGCGCCAACUCCUGAAGCCUCUUCCGAGGUGAAGAGCCUCUUGGACAAGCUUGUGGUGCUUAAGCUCAAUGGAGGCUUGGGGACAACUAUGGGUUGCACUGGUCCAAAAUCUGUCAUUGAAGUUCGUGAUGGGCUGACUUUUCUUGAUUUAAUUGUUAUCCAAAUUGAGAACCUCAAUGCCAAAUAUGGAAGCAAUGUUCCGUUGCUGUUGAUGAACUCAUUCAACACUCAUGAUGACACUCAAAAGAUUGUUGAAAAAUACAAGAGCUCAAACAUUGAGAUUCAUACCUUUAACCAGAGCCAAUAUCCCCGAUUGGUUGUUGAUGACUUUUUGCCAUUCCCAUCCAAAGGGCAGACUGGCAGAGAUGGGUGGUACCCUCCUGGCCAUGGAGAUGUCUUCCCAUCAUUACUGAAUAGUGGAAAACUUGAUGCACUAUUGUCACAGGGUAAGGAGUACGUGUUUGUUGCCAAUUCAGAUAACUUGGGUGCUGUAGUUGAUUUGAAAAUCUUAAAUCAUUUGAUCCAGAACAAGAAUGAAUACUGCAUGGAGGUGACUCCCAAAACAUUGGCUGAUGUGAAGGGUGGCACUUUGAUUUCUUAUGAAGGAAGAGUUCAGUUGCUGGAGAUUGCCCAAGUCCCAGAUGAACACGUCAAUGAAUUCAAGUCGAUCGAGAAGUUCAAAAUUUUCAACACAAAUAAUUUGUGGGUGAACUUGAAGGCAGUUAAAAGACUUGUUGAAGCUGAUGCUCUUAAGAUGGAGAUUAUUCCUAAUCCAAAGGAAGUUGAUGGAGUAAAAGUUCUUCAGCUAGAAACUGCAGCUGGUGCAGCAAUAAGGUUCUUUGACAAGGCUAUUGGAAUUAAUGUUCCUCGAUCCCGCUUCCUUCCGGUGAAGGCAACUUCAGAUUUGCUGCUUGUCCAGUCCGACCUCUACACUUUACAGGAUGGAUUUGUUACUAGGAACCCAGCAAGGGCAAAUCCAGAAAACCCAUCUAUUGAGUUGGGGCCAGAAUUUAAGAAGGUUAGCAACUUCUUGAAUCGUUUUAAGUCAAUCCCUAGUAUAGUUGAGCUCGACAGCUUAAAAGUGGCAGGCGAUGUAUGGUUUGGAGCUGGUGUUGUCCUCAAGGGAAAAGUAAGUAUCGUCGCAAAGUCGGGUGUAAAGCUGGAAAUACCUGACAAAGCUGUCCUUGCAAACAAGGAAAUUAAUGGCCCAGAGGAUCUGUGAGGAAACUAAUGGAGUGUUGAUGUGUAGCCUGGCAGUCGUGGGCUAUUUUAUGUAUUGUGUUUAAGCUGCAUAGGAAAAGAAAAAUAAAGUAGUUUUUGUUGAGGUUAUCUGCAUAUGGAGCUUUACGGUUAACUUUGUAAAGUUUCCAUUAAAUGUGUGAUUUGUGAGCAAUUGACAAGGACUCAAGGAGGACCAUGUUUUAGACCAUUUUUGUAUAAUAAUUUGUUGCGUUA